AUGGAUGACGCAAUCUCGACCAUGAAUAUAUUUGAUGAUGAAUCGCAGUUCAAGAUUCCUCAAUGGCAACCGGUGAGGCAGAAGUCCUCUCCAGAUAUUGUUAACAACCCUUUCCUAGACCCAUCAGAAGGCCCCCUUGAUUUGCCAAGUGCCUGGGGUCUAUACAAAGACUGUUCAGAUACAUCAAUCAUCCACAGGAACAAUGAUCCUUGUCACAAUUCAUAUAAAUCUCUCCAGAUACUCCAUUAUAUUCUUCUAUCAGGGUGCAGUAACAGUGGACAAUCCACUCUUGCAGGUUGCAUUGAGUUUAUUUAUCUCAGCAUGAUUGAGGAUGAAAGUUGGAUCUACGGAAAGGCCAUUCAAUCGUACAUUCUACGUUGCAUUUUGCAUACAAUUUGGGAGAUGAAAAGGCGCAAUGUCUUCUCCAAUUGGGCUGACAGCUAUGGGUUAUAUAAUACUGGUGACUUUAAGGACGGAACACUGGUUUCACAUAAUGCUUGGUCAUAUAAAGGCUGGCCAUAUGAUCAUAAACCAGAGACUAUUCGUCGUUUGGCUCAGAGUUCGUGGAGGGACCAAGGAUUUCGAGAGACUUUUGAUGCUUGGUCAAGCAAAAAUUCAAGAAUAAAAGCCGCUGAAAGUUAUUUUCGCUCUGGGCACCGCAUUUGGAGCGCUAGUUAUAUCCCGACGAGGGAAGACCUUCUUCUACUAUUUAACAGAGCUACAAACAUGGACAUUACGUGGGGAAAUACAAUUGUCAAAGUCUAUGAUUAUGGCGGAUUCGAAGACUACCAUAAAAAAUGGGAGGACGUUAGAGUGGCGAUAGGACCAAAAAACAAUUCUCUACACGAUUUCAAUGAUGAGUUCUGA